AUGAUGACUACCAUGCUUGCUAUGGCAGAAUGGUGUAGCUACACUGUUGGGCCUACGAGCCAACCCAAGGCUCUCCGUGUCUCUUCUCCAGUGCCGGAUACCGAGCAAAAGUCAACCUAUACGCUCUCUGUUCCUCUGAAAUGGGGCAUACCAACGGCCAUCUGCAUAACGGUUCUACACUGGCUGAUAUCUGAAAUGGUAUUCCUUGCUCGUAUCGAUGUGUACGACGUCAAUUCUGAUGGAUCCGGCACGCCCACUUCCGUUACCGAUAUCUUUUACUCGCCACUGGCUAUGAUUAUCGCUGUAUCCCUCGGUUCUGCAAUGGUCGCGAUCCUUAUUGUGAUCGGAAUUUUCAAGAAAUACCCGGAGUCCAUGUCGCUGUCAGGAUGUUGUAGCGCCAGUAUAGCUGCUGCUUGCCAACCUUGUCGGGUUCAUGGAAAUGGAAUAGGGAAUCAAGAGUUUCCCGAAGACCUGGUGUACAAGAAAAUCCAAUGGGGCGUUGUGGAAAGCCCUGAGGAGAAUAUGCCAUUGGGCAUUGGGCAUGCAACUUUCGCUGCUCAAGAUGUGAGUCCUUUGGUAGAAGGGAAAUUAUAUGCUUGA